GAUCUCCAACUCCUGACUUCAAGUGAUCUGCCUACCUCGGCCUCCCAAAGUGCUGGGAUUACAGGCGUGAGUUGCUGCAGUGGCUGGAGAGACGACAUCUGCUCCAUGGGCUGGUGACCGACAGCAACCCUGUGCUGGGACCUGGCCUGCAGCCCCUGCCCCAGACUUCUCACCAUCACCGCCACCACCGUGCAGCUGCCACCAACCCUGCACGCUACUGCUGCCUCAGUGGGUGUACCCAACAAGAUCUGCUGACCCUAUGUCCCUACUGAUUCCUCCUUGGGUGCAGCCUCAGAGUGGCCUGAGGCCCAGAGCGUCUGGUCUGGUGAGCUCCUGAGGCCACACAGCACCAUCAAGUCUUGUGUCUGCAAGCUUUUGAUUACCUCCUGGGAUGGGGUGCUCACUAUCUACCCCAGACCAAUGCCACCUGCAGCCUGUGGAGUCAACUGCAGAAUAAAUCACACCCUAGCCCUGGCUUGGAGGAUCCCCGCUUUCACAGAUGCUGGACACUGAGAGCCAAAUGUCUUUACUCCAGAGGCGCCCCAGACGCUCCGCUCCCUGCAUGUGUAACACCCCUUCUUGCUGUCUCCUAGUAAAUAAACGACCCAAAGCAG